CUUCAUGGGCAACUGUACCUAUAUCAUGGCCAAGAACUGCCAUGUGGACAGUUUUCACCCAGCUUUUGAAGUCCAAACUGAGAAUGAACGGCUUGGCAGUACAAAAACCACCACUGUUAACAAAAUCAUUGUCAAUGUCUAUGGUAUAAACAUCACAAUUGUACGCCACGAGACUGGGAUUGUACGAGUAAGUAUAGACUAUAAAAAUGUGUUAUCCAGAUGGUGGGUUAUGAUUAUUUUUUCAAAUGUAAUGUAUAACUGUACUACUAGUUUAUAUCAUGACAUUUAUUUACUACUUUUGUUCAGAUUAGUGAUUCACUCUGGUACCUUCCAAUCUCCUUGGACAAUGGCAGAGUAACUCUUCAACAAAGUGGUCUGUCAGUUAUUAUGAAGACAGACUUUGGAUUGUCAGUGCAGUAUGAUUGGGAUCAGUAUUUAGUGGUGAAUAUACCAGGGAGCUUCAUGGGAAGAAUGUGUGGCAUGUGUGGAAACUUCAAUGGAAAGAAAGAGGAUGACCUCACCACUCCUACCGGCAGUGUAGCAAGCAGUAUUCCACAACUGGGAAUGAGCUGGAGAGUACCAGGUUUACCAGGAGAUGCCUACUGCAGUGAUGAUUGUGUGGGCCAGUGUGAGAGCUGUCAGGGAGAAUCAUGGUUUGAACGUUUGGCCGCAAAGGCCUUCUGUCACUUGGCCACCCUUCUCACUGAUGGUCCAUUCCAAGAUUGCAACUCUGUCAUUGAUCCCAAGAUUUUCUAUGAAAAUUGCCUUUUCGACUACUGUAUGGGAAAAGGAUACAAAAACUUCCUAUGUAAGACAGCAGAAAUUUAUACAGAUGCUUGUCAGCGAGCUGGCAUUCGUGUGCAUGACUGGAGAUACAUCAUUGGCUGUUCUACCCCUAAAUGCCCGGCAAACAGUCACUUUGAGUCCUGUGCCUGUCCUGCUACCUGUGAGAAUCCCACUCCUUCUGCUGAAUGUAAAGCAAACUGUGUAGAGGCUUGCACUUGUGAUGAUGGAUACUUGUGGAGUGGAAACAAGUGUGUCCCUAAGAAUCAGUGUGGCUGCAUGUUCAAAAGUGGAGGUGAUGAGCGUUACUUACAGGCUGGAGAAUCCAUCUGGGCUGAUGACAACUGCAGCAAAAACUGUACCUGCAACCCAACAAACGGUGAAGUUGUAUGUGAAAACAGCGGUUGCUCAGGUGGAACAGAAUGCAGUGUAGUCAAUGAGAUCAGAGGCUGCCAUCCAGUGCAUCAUGCCACCUGUAAUAUCUAUGGAGAUCCUCACUACAGCACAUUUGACAACAGCACCUAUGCCUUCCAGGGCACAUGUACUUACACUGCUGCUCAGGGCUGCCACCUUGAGGGAACACAACUCACUCCGUUUGCAGUUACAGUGGAGAAUGCAAAGUGGAAUGAGAUCCAAUUAAGUCCAAAUGUCUCUAUGGCCAAUAUGGUGAUUGUGCAAGUGUACGGCAUGACUUUAGUGCUGCAAAGGAAUCAACUAUAUCAGAUAAUGGUUAAUGGAUUAUGGACCAACAUUCCUGCAAGUCUUGAUGAUGGAAAAGUGAGGGUCCAGCGAGAAGGCAAUCAAAACGUAAUAUUAACAAACUUUGGCCUGAGAGUCACUUUCAAUAUGAUUUAUCAUGUCACCAUUACAGUCCCAAGCAGCUAUGCAGGAAAGACCUGUGGCUUGUGUGGAAACUUUAAUGGUAAUAAGAAUGACGAGUUCCUGUUGCCAAAUGGCAAGGAAACCAAAGAACUGAAAACAUUUGUAGCUGCAUGGAAAGUACCUGCUCCUGGUGUUGUGUGUGAUGAUGGCUGCAGUGGUGAUUUCUGUCCAAAGUGCCCUGAAGAUAAGAAAAUUGUAUUCGAAAAGGACUGUAGUAUUAUUACCAACCCUGAAGGCCCAUUUGCUGCCUGCCACAGUGUAAUUACCCCUGAUUCCUACUUCCAAGAUUGUGCCUAUGAUAUCUGCAUGGGUGAAGGAAAUCAGAAUAUGCUCUGCCAUGACAUUGCUGCAUACAUGACUGCCUGUCAGGAUGCAGGCGUUAUUGUUCAAAAUUGGAGAACACCAACAUUUUGUCCCUUAUCAUGUCCUGCCAACAGUGCCUAUGAAAUCUGUGCAAAGUCAUGUGAUGUACCUUGUCCUGGCCUUACUGAAGUUAUGAAUUGUAAUAUUCAGACCUGUGCUGAAGGCUGCAUGUGUAAACCUGGAUUCUUUAACAAUGGGACUGGCUGCGUGACAGCAGAUCAGUGUGCCUGCUAUGAGAAUGGACUAACCUAUAAGAUUAAUGAGACUGUCAUCACAGAAUCUUGCCAAGAAAGUUUGACCUGUCUUUCAUCUGGAAAAGUAAGCCAUGAAACCAUCGAAUGCAGUUCUAUUGAAGUCUGCGAGAUAAAGAAUGGGGUUCGUGGCUGCUAUCCAAAACCUAAUGCUUCACCAGGUAUCUGUUGGGUCAUGGGAGAUCCACACUACCGUACUUUUGAUGGCGAAUACUACAAUUUCAUGGGCAACUGUACUUACAUCAUGGCCAAAAACUGCCAUGUGGACAAUGAUCAUCCAGCAUUUGAAGUCCAAGCCAUGAAUAAACGUACUGGAAGCUCAAAAGCCAUCAGUGUCAGUGGUGUCAUCAUUCAAGUCUAUGGUCAAACCAUCACCAUUUUGCAACAUGAGAAUGGGUUUGUCAGAAUUAGUGAUUCACUUUGGUACCUUCCAAUCUCCUUGGACAAUGGCAGAGUAACUCUUCAGCAAAGUGGUCUGUCGGUUGUUAUGAAUACAGACUUUGGAUUUUAG